AUGCUUGUCACAACACGUCCAGCCCUUCUCUCCAUAACCAAACUGGACUUUGCACAGAGUUAUCGGCGCAUGGAAAGAGUGGCCACUGGCUCGUUGGAAAGUCUUAGGGAUGGCUAUGGUUCAGCUUCGGCCCUCGGCACAACUUCAGGGAGUCAGAGGUGGGAAAUAGGUGCCAGUUGGGAUCCACAAGUUGGAUUUUUAACUCUCAUAGCCCAGUACUUUGGUUCGACUGUCUACCAACUACUCCUUUCUGGUCUCUCCAUACACCCCCUGGAAGUUUUCGAGACCUCUCGCAUGGCCCAACACUGUGACAGCUGCCUUGCACUGCCGGCCCGCUUCCAUGCCGGCUGGUGUCUUCCUGACGAUGUGUUGUCCGCCGGUUUGUGUAUCACUCGAGAAAAGUGUUUGAGGGAGGGGCAGCCGGGCAGUCUAUGGCUGCAGUCUCCCGAAACCUGCCCUGACCCACAAAUUCUCUCGAAGUGUGCGAUCGGUCAUGUCUGGUAA